AUGGAGGAGCCUCAGUCCAUCGACCAAGUCACGUCGGUGCCCGUCCGGGCGUCAUCGCCAUCACCGUCUGUUCCCGCCACGCCGGCCAUUUCCUCAUACUCCUCUCCGGACCGCACCUUCUCCUCCGUCUCCUCCCACUCCGCCUCGUCCGCGACCUCAACCGACGCCCGCUCGACGAUCUCGACCUCGUCUCGCCGCCAUGGAUACGUCCGCGCCUGUGGGGCCGAAUUCGCGGACUCAGCCCGGCACCGCGACAGUGUCAUGAGUCUGGGCAGCAUUGCCCACCUACAGUACUAUUUUGCCCGCACGGGCCUAUUGGAGGGGAAGACUGGCCGCGGCAAGGAGUUCAAGAAGAAGGGCAGGGACAAUCUCCCACGGGUGCUGAUCACCCCGAACGAGCAGCAUAUGGAGGAUUUGGUGGCCAGCCCGACGGAUCUGGCCGACUCGGCGGGGUACGAUGACAAUAUCGAGGAGGAGGACGGGGAGGUUAUGCUGCCCCCCACCGUCAGUACAUACAGCAUCAAGACACACCACGUUCCUCCCCCACCAGAUCUGAUCUCUUUGCGCCGCGAUCUGCAGGUCGCCCUGGAUCGGGCGGAAAGUAAUAUCGAGGCGAUUGAAAAUGGCGUGGAGCCCCCGCCCCGUGCACCAUUACGCGCCAGUCUUUCACCGGGGGAUAUCCCUGAGAGUCUAGACGACGAUGCAGCGCGCGUGGCACCAAUCCCGCAGACAAAAGAGGAGGCACAAGGAAUGUGCAUUCUGGAUGAUGUGACAAUGGCCAUCCGAGCCGCCAAGAUCUACUACACUGCCCACCCACAACCAGAGCGCCUGGAUGCAAUUAAGAAGGAGCGCGAUAUUCGCAAGGACCUGUUCCAUGUGCUCGAUGUGUUGAAGCGCUGGGCUGCGCGGCACUUCGCUUGCGGCCUCCGGGACGAAGAGCGCAAGGUGAUUCAGGGAUGGAUAUCGGGCGUCCGCUCGAUGCUUGUGCGGGAGAAGGCGCUGGAGGUUCUGGAGGCGCAAGAGCGAGAGAACUGGGACUGGGCCCGGGGCGACUGGGCCGGACGGGAGCGAGCCCGCGAGGAGUCUUUCCUCCGCAGUCUCAUGCCCGGCGGCCACACCCUGCCCGAAUGGACUGCCAUCGACGAUGCACCCCUCGACUCGCUCCCCACUCCGUUCCUGGAGCGUUUCGUGGAUGGCCGCAUCCUGGUCCAAUUACACAACAUCGCGGUCAAGAAGUCGAAGCGCCACUUCGGUGAGAUUAAGGCUUUCCACCAGGACAUCGCCAAACCCUACCGGCAGGCGGAGAACCUGCGGUUCUGGCUCAAAGCUGCCGAGUUGCGGUGGGAGAUGCGGCAGCAGGUGGAUGUCAUGGGGGUAGUCCAGGGCACCAGCGACGUCGCCUGGAGACAAUUCGACGCGGCGAUGCUGGCCUGGUGCAAGACGGUGCGCGAGGAGCUGGUGCGGGAUUGGAUGGAGGCCAAUCCGGGGCGGCCCCCGAGUGCCGGACUGAUUUGA